AUGCAACGCGCCGCACUCCUCCGCCCGCUCGUCGGGUCUCCUUUCGUACCCGCGGGUCCCCUUGCUCAGGUUGCUGUGCGGCGCCGCUGCCGCUUCCAUGGGGGUGCUCGCGUGAGGUCCUCAACCGGGGAAGGCGGAAGCGAGUCCGGAGGCGGAAGCGGGGGCGGCGAGGGCGCCGGUGCCGCGGCGUCUUGGCUGAGCUCGGCGGUGGGGGAGAAAGUGGACGAGCUUCUGCGCCGCGAAGAGAACCGGGCCCUGCUCGAGGGCGUCGAGGACGCCGAGCGCCGCGUUGAGCGCGCGCGCGCCGCGCUCGCCGACAUCGAGCGCCAGGAGGCCGCCGCGCGCCUCGCCCGCGAGGAAGUUCGCCGCCUCGAGAAGCGGCGCGAUGAGAUUGCAGAGUCCCAGCGGGAAUUGCUUCAAGCAAGAGAAAUGAUUGAUGAAGCUCAGCGAUCCUUGUCUUCUAGUCUUGAGGAAGAAAGCUUUGUAGAUAUGUCAAGUGGUGAUGUUGAUGAAGAUAGCGAGAGAAUAGAAUCUGUAAAAGCUGCUGCAGUUUCCUCUAUAGUUGGUGUUCUGGCUAGUUUGCCCAUAUCUUUCUAUGAAGCCGAAGAUCUGCUACAACUAUUCCUUCAGUCAUCAAUUAUUUUCAUAAGUUGUGCUUUGUUUGGAGUCACAUUCCGGUAUGCUGUUAGAAGAGAUUUGGACAAUAUCCAACUAAAAACAGGGGCUCCUGCUGCGUUUGCUUUUGUUAGAGGCCUUGCUCUGCUGGAAUCGGGUAGAACCCUCGAGAUGAGUACUGAUACCUUAAUAUCAGUUACUCUUGAUGGUGCAGUCAGUGUGAUUGAAAACAUUUUCAUAUUUCUGCCUGCUGCUGUUGCAUUGGACUACUGUUUUAAGAUGAGAUUUUUGAGUCCCUUUCCUAGAAGAAAACAAUAG